CCUUCAUCCCCGGAAGGUCCCAAAAACGAGAACGCAACCCCAAAGCAGGGGAAAGCAAUUGAGGCAUUUCUUCCUGCAACAAUGUCUACCACCUUUAACGCUCUCCAAUGCUGCCAGUGUUCCACCAUGCAGGUGAAGCAGCAGAAGAAAAGCAGCAACAAGUGGACCUGCGUAGUCUGCAACCAGAAACAAUCUGUGAGGAAAGUGUUUGCUCAGGGGUUUAAGGCCAAAGACGUCCGCAAUUUCGUUCAGACCUUCAAUAUGUCCCGAAAAUUCGCCGAAGAAGAAGACCGACUCCCGAUGGUUCCCUUGCCUGAACCCAUAAUCGGCGAUCGAUUUUCCCCCGAUCAUAAGAAGAGACGAAGCGACUGGACUGAGUACCUAGAUCCACAGGAUAAUAUUAAGGAACAGCGAGAAGAAAGAGGGAAUGCGUUUGAACUGGAGAUUGUGACGGAGAUGCCAAAGGAAUUGUUCACAAAACCCAAACUGAAGAACUGCUUUACUGGAUCAGAUACUACAAAAGUUGCAGACAAGGAACCAAGGAAAUGGCAGUCAUCAAAAGGUGGGAAAUCUUCAAAGUGGAAUGAUUAUACAACACAAGAUGAUUGUGUCCCAGACUGGUUGGCAAGGAAAAGUCAGCCAGCAAUGGAAAAGAGAGCUUCCAAAUGGACUGCUUACAUCACAGAAGAUUGCAAGGGUUUGCAGCUUGAAAGGAGCGAUAUUGCAGAUCAUAUAGGGGAAUUCAACCAAGAUGCAUUUGAGAGUCUGUUGGAUCAAAGGGCAGAAGAUGAAAUACACCCAGAUUUUAAGUGAACAUUUUGUGUUCACUGCCUUGAACUUCUGCAUUUAUCCGCAUUUAUCCUUUUUAACUGAACCAAUAUUUGCUUAUGUAUGAAGGUCCAUUUUCUCUAUCUUCAGUUACACUUCCAAUGAGAAACAGUAGUAUACUAGCAUAUUUCUUUCUAUGAACACUUAAGGGGGGAUGCCCAAGUUUUU